CAAAGUCGCAGUUUCUCGUAGUAUACUAAGAAAGGCAGGCACAUUCCAAUAGAGCCACAGGUUCCAACCUGGCCAUCAGAAAGGGAUUACCCAUGUGAGUGGUGGGGACAACGAGUAAAGGUUAUUGCUAUUGGUUUUCACUCUCAAUUGCAGCUAUUGAGGUCAUUCGAUGGUGGAUAAUUUUUCCGCCUAGUCACCAUAAAAUAUCAAAUUCUUGAGCACUGACUCAUAUCCCGGAGUAUUCCAGUUGUGGCGAUAUUAUAGAAUCACACACGACAUUAGUGUCGAACAACGGAUCAUCAAAAGUUCGAGUCUACUGCCUACGUCAAGUUCGUUAUUCCAUAAACUAAUACUAAAUUCUAUCAAUUAAUCUUUACCGAAGACCAUAAACACCCACAUUUACGAGUUGCCAUGGCGUCGUACUCAGAGGAUCAGCUGGCCGAGUUUCAAGAGGCAUUCCAGCUCUUUGACAGCCGCGGAGAUGGGAAAAUCCACGUCUCCCAGAUCGGCGACGCUCUGAGAGCUCUAGGGCAAAAUCCCACGGAGAGUGACGUGAAAAAGUUUACCCAUCAGCAUAAGCCAGAUGAGCGUAUAAGCUUCGAAGUCUUCCUGCCGAUUUAUCAAGCAAUCAGUAAAGCCCGUACUUCAGAUACUGCUGAUGAUUUCAUUGAGGGAUUGCGUCACUUUGACAAGGAUGGCAAUGGUUUCAUUUCUUCCGCUGAAUUGAGACAUCUUUUAACCACGCUUGGUGAAAAAUUGAGUGAUGAAGAGGUCGAGACUCUUCUUGCUGGUCACGAAGACUCCCAGGGUAACAUCAAUUACGAGGAUUUUGUUCGUCAAGUCAUGUGCGGCUAGAGCUUAGACUUAAUAUAUCACAACCACAAAAAUAAAAAACACAAAAGCUUUUCCAUAAAAAUAGUAUUGGGUUAGAGAGUUUCCACUUUGGAUUCCUUAAUCAGGUAUAAUUACUACAGCUUUUGAAUAUGUGGAAUUCCUCAAUCAAUUUCCUUGAUUAAUUUCCGUUACUGAUUUUUAUGUACACUUUUUUAUAUUAAAAAUUGGAAGAUAGGAGAAUAUGCAUUAGAUAAGUAGAUCUAAAUGUUAGUGAGUUGUGCCUUCAUCCAAGUAUAUUAUGCAUUUACGCCAACUAUGGUAAUUGUCUCUUCGUGAAGAAUAGAAGUUAUAUAUAUAUUUGAGAUGAAUACAAAAUAUAUACACUAACUAAUGAUCUAAACUUUGGAAUUACAGUCAUUAAACGAUGGAUGCAGAUAAGGAUUAUCGGAUGAUUUCAAGCAUUUUAUAGGUCACUCCGAUAAUAGUCAAAUUGUCACUUUUUGAUUUUAUAGAUGGAAUGAAAUUGAAACUUAUUCAAAUAAAUAGGAAGAGAGAGAGAAAAA